GCCCUGGGGAGGCCGAGCCCAGGACACCUCAGUGCUGUCCGGGACCAGGCCUUCCGAGCCUGCUCCGCUCCCGCACGCUGGGCCCUGGGGGUCCUCCUGCCCGCCUGCUCCCCAGCACAGGAAGUCCUACAGAAAAGCGGGGGUGAAUGAGCGCGGGGCGGGGUGAGGCUGGAAGGCGUCGGUCUGUGUCAGGUCUGGCGCCUCAUUUCUGUUCUGGGCAGAGGGAACUGUUGUGGUUCUGAGAGUCCCUAGAGCUCCCCGAGGUGGUGGAGAUGGACUGGGGAGGGGGAGGCUCCUGGCUUGGGGGUUACGUAGGUGGGCAUCCGCCUCUGAGUGCCGAGAGGCUGCGGGAAGCACUCAGGAGGGGGGUCGCAGCAGGUGAGGGCCCGGCAAGCCCCCAUACACGGGCAGCAAUGCCCCCGCCGCUGCCAUAGUCAGGCUGUGGGAGCCUCCCCAAGGCUGGUUGGGGUGGCACACUGUGUGUGACUAUGGCAGGCCCUGCUGGUCACUCUGGGCCCCCGGGCCUGCUAAGGCCAGCUGGGCAACAACCCCGCCUCUCAGAGUUUCUCCUUCAGGCUGGGUCAGGAGGUGGGCCCAGGUCGUAGGGCCCUGCUCUGGGGUCUCCCUGGAAGCUCCUGGUAACAAAGAGCCCCUCCCCUUCUAGGUGCUGGUAUCCAUGGCAACACUAUAGAGCCUUUCUUUCCCUAGGUCUGUUUGGAUUUCAGGCCUCAGGUGAGUGUUGGGGGUAAGGCCUGGGCCUGGGGGCAUCACAGGCAAAGGACCAGGACCUCGGGUCCUAGAAGGCAAGGAUGAUAGGGGGAGGACAACAGGAAAUGUGCAAACGCCCAGGUGACACAUUGCGGGGCGGCGAGGGGGUGACCUGCUGCCUUGUCCUGGUCAGAAAUACACAGACACGGGUGUACACAUGACCAGCAGUUCAGUGUCCCGUGGGGUGCGUGUGCACACCUGCACACAUGUGCCUCUUUGAAGUGGUGCUGUCUGGGGCUGUCAGACGUGGGCACACACUCGCAGCCACAUAAGGAGAGCCCCACAGGGGUAUCCACACAUGGGACACGAGGACGACAGCCACAUCAUCCUCUCAGCUCCCCCAGGAACAUCAGGAAUGGCCCCUGAGUCUUGCCAAGAGGCUGAAGAAGCCAAGAAAGAGGCCCCCUUAUCCCUUGUGGGCCAAGCACUGGUCAAUGGCCCCCGGGAGCGUCCGGCUGGCACACUCCAAGACCCAGUGGCUCCCAAGUGCCCACAGGACACGAAGCCCAGCUCUUCACGGGUGGUCUUCUCCACCAACCUGCAGUUGACCCCUGAGUCCCUGGACCCUCGCGCCCUGCGGCUGCUCUGGGGUCAACGGGAACUAGAGAUCCAGGCUCUGAGGUGGGCCAUCCAGAACCGCCCGGAUGCCCGGCACUGCCAUGUCCUGCAGGAGGUGGCUGGGAUCCCACCUGAGAGGGGUGCACGCAAUCAGGAAAGGUUCCUGCAGAACAAGGUUCAGAAGCUGACUCUGGAGUUGAAAAAGCAGAAGGAACAGGCCCAGCUGGAGAAGUCCCAGCUGGAGGAACGUCUGCUGCAGACCGCGACCACCAUACAGCAGCUGGAGGCUGAGCUGCAGGCCUUCCAGAAGUCCUGCCUCCUGCAGCUGGCCCGCUCCUCCUGGGUGGGUCGCAUACUGCGAUCUUCCACAGGCAGUGUGGAGGUGGUAACCGCAGAAACCCUGCUGGAACUCAGCGACCUCCCUGAGAGCGACCAGGGCCCCUCCGCCGGGGAGGGUUUCCGGCUGGAGGAUGUGGACUGGAACAGCAUUGCCCAGCGGUAUCCUAACCUCUUCACCAACAUUGAGUGCAGCUCAGACCAAAAGCACCCACGGCCCCUGUCACCCCCAGAGGCCUCACUGUCAGGUGAGUGGGGCUCGGAGCUGCGUAGACGACACAUGGAACAGCGUCUCAAGAGUGUCGAGUGGAGUACCCUGCCCUUGGUGGGUACUAGCAGCUCAGGGGGCACGGACUCUGGCUCCAGCAGUGGCCAGCUGGCUGCGCGAUGCCGAGUGCGGAAGGUGACAGGACGCCCGCCUCGCUCGCCGGGCCGCAAGUCUUCUGAGCCCACCGAGGCCCACUCGAGGAUCUUCAGCAGGGAAAUGCAGACACAGACUGAAGGUCUCCUUUCCCCGGAUCUCCGGAAAGCCCAUCAGGACCAGCCUGGCAAGACUGUCCUGACGGGGGAGCCCUGUGCAGGUCCAGAGCACGGGCCUCCCAGGCGCCGCUGGAGCCCGACGGGUUCCUGCCUGAAGAUCAUUGCUGUUAGCCGCCGGGACAGGUUUGUACGUGUCCUCAACCAGUCGCUGGAGGAGACCGUGGACCUGAGUGGCCUCACGCUGCAGCAGCUUGUGCAAGACUUCCCUGUGUGCAUGUACCGCUUUCCCCCGGGCACGCUGCUGGCGCCUCGGCACCACGUCACGGUUUGGGGUGAGGGGCCCCGCAGCACGAAGAAGCAGUUGCCUUCGUCCUUGGGAUUCCACUUCAACCGAGGAUGCGUGACUCUCCUCCUGAACCCCAAGGGCGAGGUCCUGAGUGAGUAUCAGGCCCCCCACGGCGUGUCCCGCGGCUCAAGGAUCUUCGUGGACAACGCCGACUUGUCCAUUGACCGCUUCCCGCUCCCAGAGGCCGCGCCUGCCUCCGCCACCUUGGAGCAGAUGCCCGGGACCCAGCACUCGCGUGCGGGCAGGGCGCGGGAGCCCCGGGCCAGACAGCGGAGGCCCCGGCCCCUUCCGUCCAGGACCGCCCUUCCCUCGGGGGGCGGGCUCCGCGUGUCACGACGCCCUCGCCCCACCGGGACGCGGGGCCCCUUCCCGCGGCAGAGCGCCAGCAAGCUCUUCCGCCCGCCCGAGGCCACCGGGACCCGCGCGCCGGAGCGUCUGCCCGCCAUCCCCGAGACCGGGCUGUGCCUCGAGGACCGCCAGGCCAGGAAGGAGCCCAGGGUCCUGGUGUGCAGGAAAACCGUGGACCGGAGCUGCCCGAUGGUGGCGCUCUCGGUGCAGAGCACGGCUGAAAGCAGAUUCGGCUUCCGCUUCCUGCCCUGCCCGCCGGUCACCGCGGGCCCUAACGUACGGGUGUAGCGGGUGCGGGGGGUGCGAGGCACGGAGGUUGGGUGCCCGGACCGAGGGGCGGCGCUGGGGGAGAGUCGUGGGAGGCAGGCCGUGCCAGCUGCAUCAUAUAUUGA